AUGAAUGGCUCUGAGACCACCACGCUCCCCUUCCUAGCCUUGAGCACCUGGCUCAACUCCUCCCACCUCCCCAGCAAUGUCUCCUUCUCGCCCUCCCCCACCACCGCCAAGCCCAAGGCCUGUGAGCAACUCAACAUCGCAACCGAGGUCUUCCUGACGCUGGGCAUCAUCAGCCUGCUGGAGAACAUCCUGGUCAUCUGGGCCAUCGUCAAGAACAAGAACCUGCACUCGCCCAUGUACUUCUUCGUCUGCAGCCUGGCAGUGGCGGACAUGCUGGUGAGCGUGUCCAACGCCUGGGAGACCAUCGUCAUCUACAUGCUGGCCAAUCGGCAGCUGGUGGUGGACGACCACCUGACGCAGCAGAUGGACAACGUCUUCGACUCCAUGAUCUGCAUCUCCGUGGUCGCCUCCAUGUGCAGCCUCCUGGCUAUCGCUGUGGACCGGUACGUGACCAUCUUCUACGCGCUGCGCUACCACAACAUCAUGACGGUGCGGCGCGCCUCCUUCAUCAUCGCCGGCAUCUGGACCUUCUGCACGGGCUGCGGCAUCGUCUUCAUCGUCUACUCGGACUCCACCUCGGUGGUGGUGUGCCUGGUGUCCAUGUUCUUCGCCAUGCUGGUGAUGAUGGCCUCGCUCUACAGCCACAUGUUCAUGCUGGCGCGCUCGCACGUCAAGCGCAUCGCCGCGCUGCCCGGCUACAACUCCAUCCACCAGCGCGCCAGCAUGAAGGGCGCCAUCACCCUCACCAUCCUGCUGGGCAUCUUCGUGGUGUGCUGGGCGCCCUUCUUCCUGCACCUGAUCCUGAUGAUCUCCUGCCCGCACAACAUCUACUGCGUCUGCUUCAUGUCGCACUUCCACAUGUACCUCAUCCUCAUCAUGUGCAACUCCAUCAUCGACCCGCUCAUCUACGCCUUCCGCAGCCAGGAGAUGCGCAAGACCUUCAAGGAGAUCAUCUGCUGCUACAGCCUGAGGAACGUCUUCGAGAACGUGCUGACGCUGCCCAUGACGGAGCGGACGGGACACAACCAGGUCAGCGACACGCAAGCGCCGGCACAGGCGCAGGCACAGGUGGCUGCCAGGAACGACGCCAAGAGGACGUGA